CUUUUCCUAUAAAUACAACGCUCAGAUUAAAUGUCUUCCGAAUUACAUAUAUUUUUUUUUGUAUAAAUAUAAAUUUCACUUCAAAGAAGAAGUAAACAGAGAGAUCGAUUUCUUCAUUAUUAUGCUAUGGGGUACGGAUCGCCAUUAACAGCCUUCAAUGCUAAUGCUACGGCGGUGGAGACGGCGGCUCUGUUUCCGCCGAUGGAUUCAUUCCCAGCGGCGGUGUUGCCAGCGUCGACGGGCGUUGUAAUGAAAUCCGAUAGCGGAAUAACUUACAAUCUUCCGAUUCCGAGAAAGCGCGGCAGAGAACAUCAUAAUUCCAACCGAUUCGUUUCAUAUCCUUCUUCGCAUGUUCAUUCUCAGAAGAAUUGUGGAUGUAAUUUAUAUUUUCUCGGUGAAGAUAUCUCGAUUCAAAUUCAACAGCAGCAAAUCGAUGUAGAUCGAUUGAUAUCGCAACAUCAGAUGGAGAGAGUAAAGAUGGAAUUAGAAGAGAAACAGAAGAGAGAAGCGAGGAGGAUUUUGGAGGUAAUAGAAAUAGGUAUGAUGAGAAUAUUGAGAAGCAAAGAGGAAGAAAUCGAGAAGAUAGGGAAAUUAAAUUGGGAAUUAGAAGAACGAGUAAAUUGUUUAAGUAUGGAGAAUCAAUUAUGGCGAGAUGUGGCUGAAACGAACGAAGCUACGGCGAAUGCGUUACGAAGUAAUUUAGAACAGGUGCUUUUACAGGUGAAUACGGUGGCGGAGGAGGAGGAGGAUGCAGAGUCGUGUUGUGGAAGUAAUGACGACGGCGGUUGCGGCGGUGGCGGUGGAGUGAGGAAGAAGAGGAAGGAAGGAGAUGAAGAAGAAGAGAGAAGGUGUAAGAAAUGUUGGAAAGAAGAAUCGUGUGUGUUGUUAUUGCCAUGCAGACAUUUGUGUUUGUGUACUGUUUGUGCGUCAUCUUUACAUACUUGUCCUAUUUGUAACUCUACUAAUAAUGCUAGUGUUCGUGUAAUUAUGCCUUAGCAAUUACUUCAUAUUUUACAUUUCUCUUUUAUU